AUGGAUGUUGAAAAGUAUUUGGCACGUAUCGGCUGUUCGGGACCAUGUCCUCCGACACUGGAGACGUUGCGAUACGUUCACCUGAAUCACUUAAUGACAGUUCCCUUUGAGAAUCUCACCAUUCAUAUCGGAGAGCGGGUCAGGCUCGAGUUGCCACUUUUAUAUGAAAAAAUCGUCGUCAUGCGCCGUGGAGGAUUCUGCUAUGAGAAUAAUGGGCUCUUCUCGUGGCUCCUGUCUCAGAUGGGCUUCGACGUGACUGUUCUCUCCGCACAGGUCAGGAAUCAGUUCACCGGUGCUUACGGACCUCCGUUCGACCACUUCAUCAUGAUGGUCAAGCUGGAUGGACACAGAUGGCUCUGUGAUGUAGGGUUUGGAUCCGGAUUCCAGCUCCCCCUCUCUCUUGAGACCGACAGUCCUCAAGUCCAGAGCCACGGAGUGUAUCGCCUCAGAUCUCAGGGAAACUUCAUUUUCAUGGAAAUGAAAUCUGUGACUGAAGUGGUUGGAGAAGAAUGUUGGACGGAACUGUACAAAUUCACUCUGGAGCCACGUGAAAGAGAUGACUUCAGAACCAUGUGUGGUUACCAUCAGAGUUCUGCCAGCUCGAUUUUCUUCUGCAAGUCUCUCUGUUCACUCUUACUGCCCACUGGAAGAAUCACAAUCAUGGGCCACAGGUUGAUUAUAACCAGUCUGUCCUCAGUUGAGGGACAGCAAGCUACAAAAACCACUACAGAGCUUUCAGAUGGAGAAAUCACAGAGUUGUUGAGAGAAAAGUUUGGAAUUGUUCUUCAUUCUCCACUCACUCCAAAAGAUGUUGAGAUUGUACCACCACCAGUUACUUAUUGAUUGUUUGUUAGGUCCCUCUUGAUUUUUAAGUAUAUCUAUUUUUGUUCUCUCCAUUAAACACACAAGGAAGAAAUAUUAAAUUACAAAUUAAAUUACUUUGUACUCUAAUACUUGUAAGCAAUUACUCAGGCCAUGAAUUGUAUUUAUAGGUCUAUGCAGAUUAAGCUGUUAGCUUUGAAGUGCCUUUUCCAAUUAGUAAAAUUAUUUUAAGUACAUUUAUCUUUAAGCGUCAGACAAAUUAUGUAUUUGUGUUAAUAAAGUAAUAACAUUUUGAAUUAAAAUGAAGUUACUGAAA